CAACCACAUCAGUUUCUUACCGCAAAAUAAUCGCGUAAAAAAAGAGUCCAUAUUAUCUCAAGCAUGGAAACCCGCGGGUGUGCGGCAGCGCGGUCACGCAAACAGCCCGCAAUUCCUCGGCGAUCCUGUGACCAGUGUCGGAGCCGAAAGGUUGCAUGCGAUAGAGGAUCCCCCUGCUCCAGCUGUGACAACGCGAAAAUUCGCUGCACACACACGACCGUUGUGUCAAGAGCAAAGGAAGCAGGCCAGAGGGUUAUCAUAUCAGCCAAGUAUGAGAGAAAGUUUGAUGAAAUAUCUGGAGGCAUUGACGAGAUCAAAAAGCUGCUGCAAGAACGUAGCUCUGAUCUGCGAGAGCAUCAGUCUCAUCACAGAGCAGAUUCGGAUAGCCCCCUGAUUCAAGAUACAAUAGAGAGCGGACGGAAAUCUCCUUGUCCAUUCACAGGAGGGUCAUCAUUCACGGCUCAUUCACUUGAAGCUAAACGAUUCGUGGAUAGUAUAGCAGCGCAGACUACACUUGAUUCGGAUCUUGAGAGAGAUGACCUUCUAGCAUGCCUGCGAGAUCUAUUGCGCCACAAAAACGAUGAAAUUGUGGUUCACCAAAUCUCAUUCUCAGAUCAGCCGCAUCCAACGUCUACCUGCAGCAAGGCGAAGAGCUUGCCACCACUGGAGGCUGCCGUGUUCAUUCUCAAAUGGGCAAAAGAAAAUCAUUCGAACUACAUUGUAACACGGUUGUCGCAUAUUUUACCUCUUGAAAGACUGGUUGAAAUCUGCCAAAAGGUUUACUUUUCCGUCAAUGGGUAUACUGAAGUCGAAUUUAUUCUCACCAACGGUACUUUUUACUGGCUUUAUGCGGAAUACGCAAUCCUAUCCAAGCAGUCCAAAUUUCAUGAGUAUAGCAGACAAUGCUGCGAAAACUUUCAAGGCGCGUUCUCUCGCCUUCCAUUUCUAUUACCUGCCUCUAUGGAAGUCAUUGCAGCGCUAGCCAUGGGUUCUCUGCAUGCAAUUGAACUCUGUAAAGACGUUCUCGCCUGGACAUUCUCGUCUUCAGCUUCACACCUAUGCCAGACGCUAGGUUUUCAUCAGGAUUCAUUUCUUGAAACUGACGGAGAAGACAUCAAAAAGGCUAAGCAGCGGCUUUUCUUUACUAUAUACCGAAUAGACAAAAGCUUGUCGCUGCGGCUCGGACGAUCAUCCAAUAUCCAAGAGUACAACGUGUCAUUAGCAUGCGAAUCUAUGGACAUGAGGUGGAAUAAAUCUGCCAAUAUUCAAGGUAGGGUCUACGACGAGCUAUACAGCUCAUUUGGUCUGUCACGAUCAUAUUCAGACCGUCUGCAUAGCGUUAAAUCUCUGUCUGGUGAACUGCAGAUGUUGAUUGAUGGGUUCGAUAAUACCCUCAGUUCUCAUUGUACGGAUGUAUUGCUCAAAGCACACCUUGCCGCUGAGCAAGUUGAACUUCUCUCGGUGCUCACACUUAUCCACAGAGCCGUUCUUACACCUGACUCUUGUAUUUCCCCAGACUGCUUCGAGGCUGCGAGCAAAGCAAUGGAUGCCCAUCAACAUGCUAUAGCAGCACUACAGGCCUGCACUAAUGAACCUACCUCUGUGGCAAGGUACAUCAAUCGUAUCAUUUUGAACAUGCCAUUCGUGCCCUUCAUUGUUCUCUUUCGUCAAUGCAUCGAGGCUUCUAAUCCUGUUGAUCUCGCCCGUCUUGGUGACUUUGUCACAUCGCUGCAGCCUCUGGAGUUCUCUUCAAAGUCAGCCAGGCGUCGCCAAGUACUGUUUCAACUACUCCAUAAGCUCGCACAGCUAUAUGUUGAAUCCGGUUCCAGCCCAAGAGUAUGGAACCAAAGUUUUACUGAUGACGAAUUUAACCAUUACUUGAACAUCUUGGGAUUCACAACGACCGUAUCCUCGUUUGACCAAGAGUUUAUGCCGACAAUUACAAAUGAAUUCACCAGUGAAAUGACGUCUUAG